UGCACAUCUCUGUCCCAAUCGCUUGAUCUAGCUAGCCCAGCUCACAGACCCAAGGGCGACUUGAUCGAGGCCGCCGCCGCCGCAGCCGCCGCCGAUCUCCUGCACACAGUUAGUUCAGAUACAGCAUGGCCUCACUGGACACCGUAAGAGGAGAUCUUUCUCUGGUUGUUUUGUACCUAAGCAAGGCUGAAGCAAGAGAUAAGAUUUGCAGAGCUAUACAAUAUGGAUCCAAGUUCCUGAGCAAUGGACAACCAGGACCUGCACAGAAUGUUGACAAAUCUACUAGUCUCGCUCGGAAAGUUUUCCGACUGUUUAAGUUUGUUAAUGAUCUGCAAGCUUUGAUUAGUCCUCCUCCCAAAGGAACUCCACUUCCACUGAUCUUACUUGGAAAGUCGAAGAAUGCAAUGCUGUCAACUUUCCUCUUUCUGGACCAAAUAGUGUGGGCUGGGAGGACAGGAGUAUACAAGAACAAGGAGCGAGCAGAGUUCCUUGGCAGGAUAGCAUUCUAUUGCUUUCUCGGAUCUAACACCUGUACUACUAUCAUUGAGCUAGCUGAGCUCCAACGACUGUCCAAAUCAACGAAGAAGUUUGAGAAGGAGCUCAAGGGCCAAGAGCUGUACAAGAACGAGCAAUAUCGGAUGAAGCUGAAGAAGUCCAAUGAGAGGCUCCUCGCCCUCAUCAAAUCGAGUCUGGACAUAGUCGUCGCGGUUGGGCUACUGCAACUGGCCCCGAAGAAGGUCACUCCUCGCGUCACGGGGGCAUUUGGGUUCGCUAGCUCACUCAUUGCUUGUUAUCAGUUGCUUCCAGCCCCAGCCAAAUCCAAAUGAUCUACCUUGGGCCAGGCCGUCGGUGCAUUGAUUGGCGAAAUGACGGUUGCUAUUGGCCUUGUCAUCGUUAGUACUGAUAAGAAAUAAAUCUGGAUGGAACAGUCUGUAAGAGUAGCUGAUAACUGGGAAUUAUUGUUGUGCAAGCCCAUGGUCCUCUCAUAACCUUGUUGAUCUUGUACCUUUGGUAGACUUGAUUAUGUAGUACGUUAUAUUUGUAUGGUCCCGGAAAGCUCGCGCCACUGCAUGUGUUGCCAAAUAAUUAGAAAAUUCAUACAUUUCCAUU